AUGGCAGGUCUCAAUGUGUUGAUGGUGGGCACGGGAGAGUACACCACGGGCUUCGUGGACGGGGGCAUGUCCGGCUCGGACAAGAAAGUCGGCGUUGUCGGCCUCACGCUCUUUGACCUUCGUCGACGGGGCAAGGUCGGCAAGCUGGGCAUGGUGGGAGUCAACGGGACCAAGUUUCCCGCUAUCCGCCAGCAUCUUGACAAGCACAUCACCCAGGUCUACAACGGCCUCGACACGUCGUUCGAAUCCUUCCCGGCCGACGACCAAAGGGACGCCGAGGCGUACAAGUCGGCGAUUGACGGCCUUCGGCCCGGCGACGCCAUCACCAUCUUCACGCCCGACCCGACGCACUACCCCAUCGCGCUGUACGCCAUCGAGCGCGGCAUCCACGUGCUCGUCACCAAGCCGGCCGUCCAGCGGCUCGACCAUCACCAGGACCUGGUGCGCCGCGCCCGCGCCAAGGGCGUGCACGUCAUGGUCGAGCACCACAAGCGCUUCGACCCGGCCUACGCGGACGCGCGCUUCCGGGCCCGCAGCCUCGGCGCCUUCAACUACUUCUACGGCUACAUGUCGCAGCCCAAGUCGCAGCUGGAGACGUUCCGGGCCUGGGCGGGCCGCGACUCGGACAUCUCGUACUACCUCAACAGCCACCACGUCGACGUGUGCGACUCCAUGGUCGGCCCGCUGGGGUACGUGCCCGUCAAGGUGGCGGCGGCGGCGUCGACGGGCGUGGCCACGGGCCUGGGGUGCGCGGCCGGGACCGAGGACACCAUCUCGCUGGUGGUGACGUGGGCGCAACGGCGCGGCGCGGGCGCGGGCGCGGGUGCGGGCGUGGGCGUGGGCGUGGGCGUCUUCACGUCGUCGUGGACGGCGCCGCAGCGCGCGGGCGUCCACACCAGCCAGCACUUCCACUACCUGGCGGCCGGGGGCGAGGUGCGCGUCGACCAGGCCCGCCGGGGCUACGACGUGGCCGACGACGCGGCCGGCCAGGUGCAGUGGCUCAACCCCUUCUACAUGCGGUACGCGCCCGACGAGGACGGCAACUUCAACGGCCAGUCGGGGUACGGGUACGUGUCGCUCGAGAAGUUUGUCGACGGGUGCCGGGCCGUCAACGAGGGCCGGGCCACGCCCGAGGACCUGGAUGCAAAGGGCCUGCCCACGCUGGCCAACACGGUGGCCACGACGGCCAUCCUCGAGGCGGGGCGCAGGAGCAUCGACGAGGGGAGGGAGGUGGGCAUUGCGGUGGACGAUGGCGUGUGGAGGCUGACGUGA